GCUACGUAUUCCUUGAGUUCACAGGAGCUAAAACUUUUUAUUUCCGCCACUAGGAUUUUUUAAGAGGCAUAUUUGCAAAGGUACUGCUGUUUUCGCGUAAUCUCGUACACUACUAUGAUAGAGUAUCCCCUUGAUCGUGUGUAUUUUGAUGGAGCAGGUGACACCGGGAGGCUGCAGCCAGGUUCUACGAUGCCUGGCUACACGAGGUUGGUGGUCUGGCUGCUGCUCCUAAGCAGCUGUUCGUCGUACUUUGGCCAUGUAACCAGUGAUUCCGACGUCCAAUGCUUGAAGGACCUCAAACAGUCCGUUAUCGAUCCUAAUGGCGUGCUCGAAGCCUCAUGGAGCUUUUCUAACAACGGCAUCGGCGGUUACAUAUGCCGGUUCACCAGCGUGGAAUGCUGGCACCCUGAUCAGAACAGGGUUCUCGGGUUGCGUCUCGGCAACCUGGGACUCGAAGGUCCAUUCCCUCCAGGCCUCCAGCUUUGCAGCUUCAUGACCGCUCUCGACGUGUCCGGCAACAACUUCUCAGGGCCGCUCCCGGAACACAUCUUCGAGCAGAUGGCGUACAUAACCUAUCUGGACCUCUCGAACAACAGUUUCUCAGGCGUGAUCCCUGCAAGCAUCGGGAACAUGACAUACCUGAGCACGCUCGCCCUUCAGCACAACCAGUUCGACGGCGGAAUCCCGGCGCAGCUGGGCAACACUUCGCAGCUCAUUUCGUUCAACGUCGCUGAUAACUCUCACCUACCAUAGGUUUGGUCUUAUAUGACUUUACUAUUUGCUAGCGUCUUUUUUAUGCGUGUGUG